CGCAAAGACUCGACCAAUAUUUAUGGCUGCAAGUGCAGGCAGAGUUGGCAGUCCUCGUUCAGACCCUAUCCAUUCUGCGUGGUCUCGCCCAGCAGAUAAUGCUGGCUCUGCCGAAUAUGCGCUUUUGAUGGAGAAUGUAUCCAGUACAGGUCCAAACGAUCCUACUGCUAUAGAUGGUAAUCCACCUCAACUUCAAGAUACUCGAGCAUUCAACCAUACUGGAUCUGCAUUGGGCUCUAGCAACAGUGUUGGCCAUAUACUGAGCAACGCUGGCAGUCGCUCUAUUUCUGCUAUAUUUUCUGCCUGCAGUGCCCAUGCAACUCUGGAGCGUCAGGGAGUGAGCAAGGAUUUGGGUCUUGACAAUGCCGAGGUUGCUCGUCGUCGUCUCCAAUAUGGUCUCAACGAGCUUUCUGCAGAAGCUUCCGAGUCCAUGCUUAUCAAAUUCUUUGAACAGUUCCAAAACCCUUUGAUUUUGCUUUUGCUGGCUUCCGCUGUUGUAUCUGUCGUCAUUGGGAAUAUUCAAGAUGCUAUUAGUAUUACUUUGGCUAUUUUGAUUGUACUUACAGUUGCAUUUGUUCAGGAAUACCAAUCAGAAAAAUCAUUAGAAGCACUCAACAAACUAGCACCUCCACACUGUCAUGUUAUUCGUGAAGGAGAUAUUCGGCAAAAACUUGCCAACGAACUUGUUCCUGGAGAUAUUGUAGUAUUUGAGCGUGGAGAUCGAGUUCCUGCAGAUGUUAGAUUGUUUGAGACAGUUCAUCUUGAUAUCGACGAAUCAAGCUUGACCGGAGAAAACGAACCUACUCGGAAACAUACUGAUACAUUACAGAACGUCGGCCCUGAUGUUUCAUUAAACGAGCGCAAAAACAUAGCUUUUAUGGGCACACUUAUUUUUAAUGGUCAUGGAAAAGGCGUUGUUAUUGCAACUGGAAAGCUGACAGAGCUUGGUGUCGUGUUUUGUAUGAUGAACGAGGUUGAAACUAGACGAACUCCACUUCAAACCAAGAUGGAUACGUUAGGAAAACAGCUGUCAGGCGCAUCUUUUAUAUUUAUAGGUCUAAUCAUGCUCAUGGGUGUACUUCAGGGCCGGAAAUUGCUUGAAAUGUUUACCGUCAGUGUAAGUUUAGCAGUAGCUGCUAUCCCUGAAGGUUUACCUAUAGUUGUCACAGUGACACUGGCUUUAGGAGUUCUUCGAAUGGCAUCACGGCAUGCCAUAGUAAAAAAACUUCCAUCAGUGGAGUCUCUUGGAUCCGUCAAUGUUAUUUGUGUAGACAAAACUGGCACAUUGACGAUGAAUGUCAUGAAAGUGACACAAAUAUUUACUGCUGCACAUGGAUUUCCCAUUGAUGUAGAGCACAAAAUUGAUCCAACAAUUAUCCACCAUUCAGCAGUGGUGCAGCUAUUACGAAUCGCCAACAUUUGUAAUAAUGCACAUACUGAUCAUACUGGGAAAACGGCAGGCCAACCUGGUGAAGUAGCCAUUAUGGAAUUUAUUGACAAGCUCCAACAGCCGGAUGAACGGAUAAAAGAAAACCGAAUCUCAGAAAUUCCGUUUAAUGCAGAUCGCAAAUGGAUGCUGGUAGAAUCUCGCUCAACAACAACAAGAAUAACACAAUGUUUUGUCAAGGGAGCACUAGAGCCUGUGCUGGACAUGUGCAGCAGUUAUUAUAUAUCAGAAUCAUCAGUCAUAGAGUUGAGUACUUUAAAGCGGCAGGAAUUUAAACAUCAAGAACAGCAUAUCGCACAACAGGGAUUACGUGUAUUGGCGCUUGCUUACGGUGAUUCGCAAAAGAAUAUGAUAUUUGUUGGUUUGAUCGCCAUGUAUGAUCCACCUCGUCCAGGGAUAGCCAACACAGUACGUUUGCUCAUUGAAUGCGGUAUCAAAAUUGUCAUGCUUACAGGUGAUUCAGAUGGUACAGCAAGAGCAAUUGCCUCUCGAAUUGGCAUUCCAGUGAGUACAGGCUCUAUUAUGUCUGGGGCAGAAAUUAAUAGCGCACGCGAGAUAGAUUUACAAGAAAAUAUAUCACGCAUUUCGGUGUUUUAUCGUAUGUCACCUGCACAUAAGCUUGCCAUUAUUCGAGCACAUCAGCGAGCCGGUGCCAUUGUAGCCAUGACAGGUGAUGGUGUCAAUGAUGCGCCUGCACUUCGACUUGCGGACAUUGGAAUUUCAAUGGGAAAACAUGGCACCGAUGUUGCAAAAGAAGCAGCUGAUAUGAUUUUGGUCAACGACAAUCUCGCAACUGUUAUUAAUGCGAUUGAAGAGGGCAAAAAUAUUUUUCACAACAUCCAAAACUUUUUAUGUUUCCAACUUAGCACGAGCGCUUCAGCACUCUCACUUAUUGCCUUUUCAACCUUUCUCGGAUUGGAGAAUCCACUUAAUGCUAUGCAAAUCUUAUGGAUUAACAUUAUUUGUGAUGGACCGGUUGCGCAAUCACUUGGUGUAGAGAAUGCAAAUCCUGAAGUAAUGAAACAGCCACCACGGCACAAGGACGAGCCAAUUAUGACCAGGGAUCUAAUUACGCGUAUACUAAUUAAUGCAGCAAUCAUCGUUACUGGAACAUUACUACUGUAUGUGUUUGAGCUCAAUGAGGGAGUAGUCACGACGCGUGGACGAACCAUGACAUUUACGUGCUUUGUAUUCUUUGAUAUGUGGAACUCAUUGGCGUGCCGAUCUUCUACAAGGCUGAUUCAUCAAGUUGGAUGGACCACAAACAAAAUGUACACAUAUGCUGUCACUGCAUGUGUGUUGGGUCAACUGGCAGUGAUAUACAUUCCGUUUUUUCAGUCCGUGUUUCAAACCUCUGCGCUAUCGCUGUUUGAUCUGGUGUACUUGGUAAUUGUAACCAGUGUUGUGUUUUGGGCAGAUCAGGGACGCAAGAUGUAUUUUACGUCUCGGAAAAUACCCGAGUGCCAUAGCGACAAUUAUGUUUGAAAUGUGUUUUUUGGAUGCCAAGUUUACUGCGGAAUCUCUUCAAGUAGACCAAUAUCUAAUUUUUGAGAAACUAUACGUUUACCUGCAUAGUAAUCUAUAUCUUGUACUGGCUCUAGAUUUGAUUGCAUGUUGAAAAUGGUGUGACUAUUGACAGGGUUAUACUGAAAGCCAAUAUGUUAUAUAUUAACAUUCAAGGGGUUUUAUUAAUCAAUGUAGAGGAUGUGCAUGUUAGGUGCAAUUUUUUUCCUUUUUUCAAAUCGUUAAAGUGUAAAAAGACAAGGAUUCAAGAAAAUGGUUAGAUAUUGCUUCAACGUUGAAUAAAAACGGAGAUUGCCUAUAC